AUGGCUCGCUUGCUUGUGGUGUGGCUUUUCUUAAUUUCUCUAUGUUUUUCUUCUUGGGUCCAAUCGGCAAGCGCUCAACCAUUGCAGGUGGGGUCUCCUUCCCCGUCACCUUCUACUGGUGCUAGUACUGGCAGCGGUAGUGGUGGUGGAGGAGGAGGUGGUGGUGGUAGCAGUUCAUCAGGUGGGACUGGAUAUGGAUCAGGAAGCGGCACUGGUGGAACCAGCGGUGGAGGAGGAGGUGGUUGCGGCGGAGGGACUAGCAGCGGGAGUGGCAGCAGUGGAAGUGGAUUUGGGUUUGGGUUUGGAAGUGGCUUCAGAGGUGGUGGCUCUUACUAG